CAAACCGCGAAAUAAUAAAAAUUCACAAAAUUUAAUUAAUUUAAGUGUUACGAUGAAGCGUACAGCAAAUGGAGGCUUUAAAUCAAACUACAAUCGAUUUGCCAAGUUUCGAGGUAAUGCAAAAGCAAGACCAAUGGCAGGAACAAGUGGAAUGAAUCAACGAGAUUCAGACGAUGAAAAGGAACGAGAAUAUGCUGAUGUAUUUACGGCUGAUGUUGAGAUGGGAUGUCCAUAUAAUGCAUGGAAAUUGUACUUUCCAGAUAAGAAAUUUUCACAGUCAGUUAAGAUAAGUGUCAAGACACAGGCAGUAAUGAAUCAUUUCAAGAGAUUCAAGCAUUGGUAUGACAUGGAUAAAGUGUUGACUACUUAUUCGUUAGAUUUGAAAGUUGAAAACUUUGUGGAAGAUGAAGAUUUUGAGAACGAAUGGCCUGAAUGGUACGAAGACUUAACAAACGAUCCUUAUGACUCAUUCUCAUUAAUCGGCCUAGCUUUACAUACUCUGCUCUUUGAGGAAUUGAAACAAAAGCUCAUUAACUAUCAAUUGAAGAAGAUGUUUAUCAGACCAGUUGGCUGGCGACCAUUAACGGAUAUAAUUGAUAUCUUCAACACUAAAAAUACUCUUGUCAGCACAGUCGGUGUUGUUAAGAAAGUAGAACCAAUAAAGAUUGUCUAUAGAUUCAUGUCCUAUAAAUGCAAGCUAUGUUCAGCAGAACUCUUCGUCCGUCAGAAUCCACUCAUUAAAACAUUAACCAGACCCAGCAAAUGUAUUGCAGGAUGUAGAGCUAAAGGAAAUUUCAAUCCAUUAAUUUCAUCACAGUUUACUAUUGUGGCACCGACACAAACAGUCUUAGUUCAAGAAAUCUGCUACGAAACAGACGAAAGGAAUCGAUCAUUAGAAGUGCAAUUAAAUGAGGAACAAGUUGAUACAGUAUAUGUAGGAUCUGAGAUAGUACUGACUGGAGUUUUAAAGUAUCGAGCUGAUAAGACGUCAAAACAUGAUGGUAAUAGUUAUGUGCCUUUCGUCGAGACAUUUAGUGUAUUUAAUCAGACUGGACCUGGAGCAGCAAUAUAUCAGAGUGUUGAGAAAAAGAAAAUGCCAGACAUUGUCCCAAUCCUCAAAGGUGAUCCAAAUUUAUUUAAAAUUCUAAUAGAUUCCUUAUGUCCAAUUGUGUAUGGACGAGAAGAAGCUAAAGCUGCUUUACUCCUUGCCUUAUUUUCUGGAUUUAACUUGAUUAAAGCACGUCGAUCAAAUUCACACAUUUUACUUCUUGGAAAUCCAGGAACUGCUAAAUCUACAUUAAUGAUUGCUGCUGCAUCUGCGGCACCGAGAGGAAUGCUAGUAAGUGGAGUAAUUGCAACUCAAGCAGGAAUGACUGCAAGUGUCUCAACUAUGGGAACAAUUGAGGCUGGUGCAUUGAUAUUAUCAGACAAUGGCGUGUGCUGUAUUGACGAAAUAGACAAGAUGAAAAAUAUUUAUGGAAUCCUUCUUGAACCAAUGGAACAGCAAACUGUAAGCCUUACAAAAUGUGGUGCUGUUUCAACAAUGCCAGCUAGAUGCUCAAUAAUUGCAGCAGCAAAUCCUGUCGAUAAUGUUUAUGACGAAAAUAAGCCAAUGAUUCACAAUGUCAAUUUUUUACCACAACUUAUUUCACGAUUUGAUCUAAUUGUUCCAUUUGUGGAUAAUAUGGAUGUGACUCACAAUGACUUGCCUUAUUUUAUGGAUACUCGUGAUAAAUCAAUGAAUGUUGAGUGCGAAUUCUUUAAGAAUUCUGAAGAAUCACAAUCAAGUCAUUGGUUAACAAAGGCACAUGAUGGAAAUAUUCAGACAAUUCCACUUGCAGCACUCAAAUCGUACAUUGAAUUUACUCAACAAAAUUUCCAUCCAAAACUAUCACCGGAAGCAUGUCAGUUAAUUAGAGAUUUCUUCGUUGAAUAUACAGACAUUAUUAGAGGAAAUGAACAAGUGAAUGCACAAGGACCAGCAAGAACAAUUGAAUCUGUCGUUCGACUUACUUUAGCACGUGCACGUGCUGAAAUGUUAAAGGUAGCAACUGUUGAGCAUGCACAUGAAAUAAUUGAGUUAUUUAAGUACACACAAAUCGACAUUUAUGAACGAGAAGCUGUAGUAAAGGAUCUGAAUGUAAAGGCUAAUGCGAAUCUAAAUGAUUCAGUCAACUUUGGAGUGAUUAAGAGAAUUAAAAAGCCUGAAAAUGUUUCAGCAUUGAGUAAGCCGAAGCAAAUGAAGGCAUUUAUCGACUUUAUAUCAAACAAAUCUGAGGAAGAAGAUCGAAAUGAAUUUACAAGAACUGAAUUGAAGGCUUUUGGUGCUGAAAUUGGACUUAAGGAUUUUGAAGACAUCCUUUAUCGACUCAAUAAUGAUGGAAUAAUUUUAAAGACUGUUGACGGCUAUCGAUUUGUCUCAAUAUAGUCAAAAUAA